UUGUACCUAGAAGUACAAGCAGAGAAUCCAGGCCCGAGGGUUUUUGGGGUUUUACAUCCGUAUUUCGAGUUGUCUUCUUCAAUCGUAGUCUUAGCAACUCAGAAGCAAAACCGAAGAAGAUGUGGUAUCUGUGCGUGUUCUUCCAUAGGUUAUUGGACUACAGGAAAUCAGAGGUCGAAUCUCUUGCUCAUCUCUUUGGAGCUUUCGAUGAAGAUCAAGAAAGCCCUUUUGGGUAUUGCACUUUGGAGUGGAAACUUCCCAAACACCACCACCCAGAUUCUCCUUUCCAUCUCGUCAAUCUUCCUUCCGAAGAAAUAGCCAGCAAAAUCGCCAAUCGGAGCAUACUAGUGAGAGGAAUGUAUGAACUUUGGGGGGAAGGUGAUAGCUACGAAGAGCUGGAGGAGUCUAUUAAAAGUUACCCGGAAGAAAGGAAGUUGCCGUACUUAGAACCUGAAAGCACUUUCAAGGUUAAUGUCGAUACUUUUGGGAAUUCUCUCAGUUUGCAGGAGCAAACUCAGCUCAUUCAGGGGCUCAAUUACAUUCCCUUUAAGGGUCGUGUUAAUUUGAAAAAUCCGGAGCACAAGUUCUGGCUUAUGGAAACUGAUAAUUAUGGGGUUAAUAAUGGACUUCCACCCAUAGUUCAAAGGAGAAUCUUUUUUGGCCGAGAGAUCGGUGGUGCUGACAGAAAACUUCUACCAACUUAUCAGUUAAAAAGCCGCAACUAUCUUGGCCCAACUGCAAUGGAUGCAGAAAUGGCCUUCUUAAUGGCCAAUCAAGCACUGGCAAUGCCAGGGAAGCUUGUCUAUGACCCCUUCGUUGGUACUGGGAGUAUUCUUGUCGCUGCAGCUCAUUUUGGGGCAAUGACAAUGGGUGCAGACAUAGACAUAAGGGUGGUACGUGAUGGACGUGGUCCUGACUGUAAUGUCUGGAGCAAUUUUAAGCAGUACGGCUUACCAAUGCCAAUCGCUUUGUUAAGAGCAGAUAAUAAUCUCCCCCCUUGGCGCCCUGGAUUAAAAGAGGUAUUUGAUGCCAUAAUAUGUGACCCUCCUUAUGGAGUUCGUGCUGGGGGGCGAAAAUCUGGUGGCCGAAAAUUGCUAAAGGGAGCUGUGGCCCCUUAUGUUGUACCUGAUGACAAGAGGAUAGGCCACAUACCAUCAACUGCACCUUACAGCUUAGCAGAGUGCGUGCAUGAUUUGCUUGAUCUUGCAGCUAGGAUGAUUGUUAUGGGUGGAAGGCUUGUGUACUUCUACCCAGUACUGAGAGAAGAUGAAUUUGUGGAGGAGGACCAUUUCCCUGAACACCCAUGUUUCAAACUGAUUGCUUCUUCUGAGCAGAUUCUGAGUUCUCGAUAUAGCCGAGUUUUACUGACAAUGGUUAAGGUUAGCCCAUACACCGAAGAAAUUGCUGAAGCAGCUAGGUUACAACAUAUGGAGUUCAGGGAGAACCAUGUAAAGUGGUUAGAAGAUGGUAAACUUCAUUCUGCUAUAUUUAGUCCUGCUGAUACUAAUUCAAAUGCAGGCAGUGAGGGAAAUUUGAGUAAAGAAUCAAAGCCCAAAUACAGAGGUAAAUAUGUGUAGGCUUGAGUCUUUGUCUAGACUAGAGAAUGCUCUAUAGGCUGUUUGUAAGCUUUGGCAACAUGGUUAUGUUUUUGUAAUUUUAGGACCAUAAAUGUAUUUCUCAUUUUCAGGAACAGACAGAUAAAAGCAUUUCAUGUUUAGGAAGUGAAUGCUGAUUAAUGUUGGCGAAAUUUCCAAUGGAGAAACCGAUAUAAUGCAUUUUUUGUUAAUUUUUAUACCAA